AUGACAGUUACUCUCAUGCCUAACCCCAUUGAGGAGGAAGAAACUCUAAGUGAAGUACAGAGAAUUGAAGGAGAGGCAGCAACGUUUUUGGACCAGAUAUCAAGAUAUUACAUCACAAGAGGAAAAAUUGUUUCUAAGAUCAUAAAAUACCCUCAGUUGGAUGACUACAGACAAGCUGUAAUCGAGUUAGAUGAAAAGGAGUUCACCAGUUUACGCCUCUGUUGCUGUGAGCUGCGAAAUCAUUAUCUUUCACUGCAUGACACCAUCACCAAGAAUCUGGACAAGAUCAAGAAACCUCGCACAAACAACGCGGACUCUCUGUACUAAAACCCUGUAUAUUAUUAUUAUUAACUUCAUCACCCUAAAGAAUUGAACUUGUUGUCGUAACCAAUAAACAUUAUGCAUCUUAAGGAGCUUCACAGUACCUGUUGCUUGUCCAGACAUUUUUAUUUCAACAUUAAUAUUAUUAGUAGUAAGAGUAGCAUAUUUUUAGAUGCCUAUUUACUGUACAAUAUUGAAUCCUCUACCCAGUUUACAUCAGCUAGCUGAAGAUGUGUUAAACAUUUUAUUUGUCAUAGAAAGCUGAUUUCUCAAAUAAUUUACAUUUUUUUAAGAGAACUUUCAAGACCAGACCAAAAUAAGAAACUUUUAUUCUUGAGAUUAAGAUCAGUUUUUAACAGAAAUAUAACAACCUGGCACAAUUCUUACUUCAGUUAUUGAUGGCAGAUUUCUUCUUUACCUGGUCUGUGUACAAUACAGUAUUAUAAAAGUUAAGAUCACUUUAUAAUUAGGAUUAUGCAUGUCCAUCAAAAAUAUUCUAGUGAUAUUACUUACAAGGAUUAAUGUAUAUUUCCAAGUAUUACUUUAAAUUUAAUUAGAACUGAACUGGUUUAUACAGGCCAACUUGAGCUAUGCAUUAUCAUGAACUAAGUGAAAACUGCCUUCUUAUGAAUUAUUGACCACAAGUUUUAUUUUCAUAAGAACUUUAGUUAAUAAGAAACUAAAAACGUGAGUAGGAGCGAUGGCAAAUUGUCUGUUUCAAGCACCUUUAAUAAUGCCCAUGUAAAAUUGAUCAUUUUAGGUGGCAGUCAACACUCCUUUAGACCAAUGAUGAAAAUGUUAAGUUUUCUUAUAUUAUAGACUUUUUAAUAAGAAGCGAUCCCUAUUGAAAAUAAAUUUUUUUCUGUCUCAAGUUGCA